AACUCAAACAGGAAGUUCACAACAUCAAGCGCGAGGGGGCGCUGAAGGCGAGCGACGAGAACACUAAGAGGUGCGCUCGCUGCCGUGAAGCCCUGGGAGUCUUCUUCUGGAAUUCCGGUCGCGUGUGCCCGGACUGCCAGAGCAGCGUCUGCGGCAACUGCAAGGUGCCGCUAGCUAGCAGCAGCGCGGCAUGGACGUGCAAGUUUUGCUACCGCGAAAAGCGGCUGCAGCUGGAAUCCGGCGCCUGGUUCAACCGCAAUCGUCAGAAUCGACGGUCGUGGCGACCUAAGGACCGACGCACCGCUGCCGAUGUCGUGCGCACGUGCUUGCGGCAGACGAACCCCAUGUACAACGCGCGACCGACGCGACGUCUGGAGGCGGACAGUGCGAGCGCUCCCAGUGACGUCAUCACUGCUGCUGCUGCUGCUGCUGCUGCUGCGGAUGUGUGGAUGGGAAACAGACAGCGAGCUGCGCGAGAUGAGGAUGUGGAAGGAAACCUGCGUGAGGGAGCGACCGAGAACGUGCGCGCGUCAUCGAAAUCCGCGGAAGGCGGAGAGGCGUCUGGCGGCGCGCCGCGAACGGUUAGGGAAGGUGGGCUGACCGAGAUGACGAGGGAUAAUGGAUUACAUCCCGCAGAAGUGAGUCUGCCUCCUGGACCUAAUGAUGAGGAAGGAUCAAAGCAGAGCCCCAUUCGAGAAUCUAGUGGAAGAGUAACAGAGCAGAGUAUAAUGUCUGGACCUAAUGCAAGAAUAUCAAAGGAGGAUAUAAUUCCUGAACCGAGUGCAACAGAAGAAACAGAAGAAGGUCUGGGAUCUAAUGCAAGAAGAACAGAAGAAGGUUUACGAUCUAAUGCAAGAAGAACAGAAGAAAGUCUGGAAUCUAGUGCAGGAAUAACAGAGGAAAGUCCAAUUCUUGAAACCAGUACAAGAUUAUCAGUGGAGGCUUCGUCUUCAGAAUCUAGUAUAGGAGUAUCGGAGCAGAAGACAGAGGAGCAAAAGGCUUUCGAAGCGUUCAACCUGGUACGGCUGUCAGCUGGUAGCCAGGACAAGUCAGGUGAUGAACUCCCAUCACCUUCUCCAACUGCUGUUGAAAUUCCCCCAUCUAUCGACACGUCACUAACACGUCAUCCCGCGGCAAUUGAAACAGAUGACGUAUUCUACAAGAACGACCGUAGUGACUGUGACGUAAGAGGGAAGAGCAGUGACGUCAGUAGGGACCCGAUUGGCAAUGGAAGACAGUCUGCGUCGCACGCGCCACCACCAAAACCCCCGCGGUCAUCACUAGUAUCAACACCUACCACACGCGUGGCGCCACCUUACACGCCAGUAACCACACUGCCUUCGCCAGUGGCGCCACCUGACAUGCCAGUAACCACACUGCCCUCGCCAGUGGCGCCACCUGACACGUCAGUAACCACACCACCUUCGCCAGUGGCGCCACCUGACACGCCAGUAACCACACCGCCCUCGCCAGUGGCGCCACCUGACACACCAGUAACCACACCGCCCUCGCCAGUGGCGCCACCUGUCUUUCCCCAUGACAGGCCGGAGGAAGCAAUGCCGCCAUCAUCGGGGCCGUCGACCCAGAGUCCGGCAUCAUCGUUCGAUGGUGAUAACAGCGGCGAUGGAGAGGAUGAUAUCGAGGUUUUGGCAGGACGGGUCGGUGGCUGGGACCGCACGCGGCGCUGGAACCGUACUGCAAUCCGCCGAUCGAAGCACGGCAGGCGGCAAGCCGGCGACGACGACGCAGACGACGCAGCACGAUCAACGCCGCCGCCGGCGGUUACCGUGCCGCCAGCCACGCUGAAACCCCGCGCCACGCCACUGCCGAGGCUGGAGGAGGAGAAACACGUAGCCGGGGAUGCCCGCUCUGUAGCCACGGGCGGAGCGGAGGAUCACGUGACGCACGGGGAUGCCCGCACUGCAGACACGGGCAAAGCCGAGGAUGCCCGCACUGCGGACACAGGCGGAGCAGAGGGUGACGUUACGCACGGGGAUGCCCGCACUGCGGACACGGACGGUGCAGAGAAUAAGACAGAGAUUGACGAGAGUGUUUACAAGAUGGUGGCGAGUGCAACCGUGGACGGCGGCGGAGAGACGGAGCAGGAAGUGGAUGCGGCUCGCCUAAACAGAAGCCAGGACAACGGCAUCCUUGCCGCACAGGGUAGAGACCCCGCUACCGCCAGCAGAGACCCGCGUGCGAGGAUAUCGCCAACACCAUCGCCACUCCCUCAGCGCCGCCUGACACCCGGCACGUCGAACCAGGCGUCUGCGAACACCACACCCAUGUCGACACCGUCCGUGUCCCCGUAUCCGUCGCCUUGUCCGUCGCCGCAGCCGCCGCAACGACGUAAACAGAACGAGCCGACGCGACCGCGCGCCUCCGUGCCACAGAUAUGUGUCACUGACUGUACGUUUGAGCGAAUGGGAGAUAUGCCCGAUAACCAGAUCCCACAGUCACACGGCGGCGAAAAUCUGCCAUAUGACGAUGACGACGGCGACGGCUACGAUUACGACGAGGAUUUCUCAGACGAUGACAUCGAUAUUAUGGUGGCGAAACACAGGGAAGUCUCGGAUGGACGACCGGGCUAUGGCAGGAAGCAGUCGACUAUGGGCGGAUCUACGGGUUCGCGUGAAAGUCUGACUAGUCUUUACAGCGACGCGGCUGGUAUCUACAGCAACGCGCCUGUCUCCGGCGACGUCGAAUUCGCUCUGAACUACGUCGAGAGCAAUCUCAAACUACUGGUAGACGUAAAGCAAUGCGUCGAGCUGGGCAUAGGCGAUAGAAAGAAGAAACGAACCGACUCGUAUGUGAAGGUGUAUUUGCUGCCAGACAAAUCGAGAGCGAGUAAACGGAAGACCAAGCCGAAGAAGAAUACACAGAAUCCGCAAUACAACGAGACUCUCAAAUUCUCGGACAUCUCCCUGCGGGAAUUACAGACGCGCACGUUGUGGCUAUCCGUGUGGCACGACGAUAAACUGGGAAGGAACGUGUUCCUAGGUGAAGUGCAGAUUCCGCUCAACACUUUCAACUUCCAAGACACGAUGCCCGGAUGGUAUCCACUGACGUCAAGGAUUGAUAGUUCUCUGCAGAGGGUUGUCUCUAUGGAUGCGUUAGAGCCCACGGAUAAGAAGUGUCACCGGUUUAAAUAUAGGCUCAGCGUAUCUAAUUCACAUCUCGACGAGCUGUGCUUAGCAAAAUCAAAAUCGAAAAAAAAAUUGAUAAGAAAGCCACCGCCGUCUCCUCCCAUUGUUGACAUGCCGACGGGAGAGAUCGCCGUCAACAUCCGCUUCAUCCCUCCGUCGAUCGUCGCCUCCUCUUCGUCGAAGGACCGGAAAAAGAAGCCGGGGAAGGUGAAGCUAAAGGGAGACAUGCAUUGCCUCGUGAAGCAGGCUCGCAAUCUGUUCGGGAGGAAGGCGACGGGAACGGACGCCUUCUGCCGCGGGUACGUGUGA